AGUUUCGAAAUUAGAACAGAAGGAAUCGCAAAAUGGUAAAGAAACAAGUAUAUCUAAAUUUUCAGUUAAUGCUAUCUCUACUGAAACGGAAAAUUCUAAUAAUGUAUCUUUAGAGGUGAUCUCUCGAAGUAAAAAUGCUCUGGAUGCUUCUGCAUCUGAAGAAUUAUGUAGUGAAAAAGUGAGACCAAAAGUCCCACUUGAGCAAAACAGCAAAUCGGUACUGAUACAGUCUGAAGAAACAAAAGUUUCGCAUGAUUAUAUA